AUGCCGCCAAGAGUGAGAGGCAAAGGAAAGGGUCCAAUGCGAGGUGGACCAUCAGCACACGCAGGGCCUUCCCAUAGGCGUACCCCGUCAGCGACAUUUUCUAGUGCUGAUUCCCGUGACCAUUGGGGUCAUUCUUUCGAACCAGCGAGACACUCUGUUUCGUUGAGCUUAUCACCUUCUCUUCAUCCAUCAUUCGGGCCGCCUGUUCUAGACAAACCCCAACAUUCACAACACUCCCAUAAUUCACAUCAUUCGCAUGAGUCUCACCAAUCCUAUCAUUCCUUGCAUUCUCAUUCCUUUCAUCAUUCGGAUUCUACCUACUCUCCAGCCCAGUUUAAUCCCAAUGACUACGUCAACGACUUUUUGGGUUACAACCCUUUAGGACCCGAGGAUCACUUUCCUCAUGAAAUGGAGAUGGAUGAUGACCCGGACCCAGAAAUGCAAACCGGAACACCGGGCCACCCUAUCAGUAUCUCGAGUGGUUCUCCAUAUCAAGGAUCGCUGUACCAAGGGCCCGAUCCAUUUAAAGAAUGGUGGUCAAAGUAUGAAUGGGAAUUCACCCCUUCAUAUCCUAACUCCCCGGCCCAACCUCCUUUGAAUGAGCCUUACCUUCAAGCUGUCACUCCACCACCUCUUCCUGUUGAGGAGCCGCCUCAACAACCACCUCAGCCACCUCUCGAGCCGCCGAGGCGAAGGAGGAAUGCACAAAUAUCUGUGCGAGGAGGACCUCAGUUCAGUUCUGCUCAAGGUUCAAGUUCUUACCCUUCUAUCCCCGAGGACCCACAAAUGGGUGGACCCUCGCACGCGGUGCCAGAAGACGAUCCUCCGCCGGUUUCUUAUGCACCACCGCCACCGCCAGUGGGUUUCGACAACCCGAUCCCGACUUACCCAGGCUCUUUUGGGUACAACCCUUUUGAAAACCCAACUUCUGUGGGUUAUGGAACUCAUGAUCCAUAUCUUACAGCUGCUCAGUACAAUGCGCUUUAUCCUUCUUCUUACCCUCUAGUUUACCCAACUGGAUAUCCGGUGUAG